GAGAGGAGUGUUUUAGUGUGAGCCAUGGCCAGAACCAAGCAGACCGCCCGUAAAUCCACCGGAGGCAAAGCCCCCAGGAAGCAGCUGGCCACCAAGGCGGCCAGGAAGAGCGCCCCGGCCACCGGCGGCGUCAAGAAGCCUCACCGCUACCGGCCCGGCACCGUGGCUCUCAGGGAGAUCCGCCGCUACCAGAAAUCCACCGAGCUGCUCAUCCGCAAGCUGCCCUUCCAGCGCCUCGUCCGAGAGAUCGCCCAGGACUUCAAGACCGACCUGCGCUUCCAGAGCUCGGCCGUCAUGGCUCUGCAGGAGGCCAGCGAGGCUUACCUGGUCGGCCUCUUCGAGGACACCAACCUAUUCACGGAAAUCAUUAUGUCUGGACGUGGCAAAGGAGGCAAAGGUCUGGGGAAAGGAGGCGCUAAGCGUCAUCGUAAAGUUCUCCGCGAUAACAUCCAGGGUAUCACCAAGCCCGCCAUCCGCCGUCUGGCUCGCCGCGGCGGAGUCAAGCGCAUUUCUGGCCUCAUCUACGAAGAGACCCGCGGGGUGCUUAAGGUCUUCCUGGAGAACGUCAUCCGCGAUGCCGUCACCUACACCGAGCACGCCAAGAGGAAGACUGUCACCGCCAUGGAUGUGGUCUACGCUCUCAAGAGGCAGGGACGCACUCUCUAUGGCUUCGGAGGCUAAACACCAACAACGACCAUCACAACAACACAAAGGCUCUUUUAAGAGCCACCCACAACGCACUCAAGAGCUCGUUCUUAAGGCUUUAAUGUUAUACAGUCACAGUAACUGUUACUUAGUAUUAAGGAACUUAAAUAUUUUGUGUAGAUAGUAAGCAUUAUCAUGUGAGCUGUAAUCAUCACUUAAUAAAACAAUUACACAACUGAUUGUUUUCAAUAAACAAUACAAUUAAGAAAUGAAAACUCAAAAUUUUAAAUGUACUGAAUCCCAUGAGACCAGCAGCUAUGUCUGUAACUUAGCAGUCAUAAACUCAAGAGCAGGCGCAGUUAAAACAAAUGGUAUCACUACAGAUCCCUGUACCAUCUAAACUGACCAUAUUUUGACUUUUGAGCUCAUAAAUUAAUGACUACGCCCAGAGGAAAUGGUUGAAACCUGAAGCGGAGCUACGGGUGGGCCUGGAUGGGCGUAGGCCCACCCAGAUUGACAGCUUGCCCACCCUAUCAGAUUCAAGACCAAA